UGCAUUCAUUUCCAAGAUCUCCUAGAGUCCAGUCUUACUCGUUUGCAUUUCGUAUGGAAACAAAACAAACAUGGCGACUUCCUCUGCGAUUCGCAUGGUCUUGCAAAGCCAGGUUGGGUUGAUACGUCGAGGAUUAUUUGGUAUCCCAAGCAGAUGGCUGCAAAAGUCCUCCUAUAACUUAUCGGAGGAGAAACAAAACUCAGCGGACAGUCGAAAUGAAGCAUUUGACAGUGCAAGUACUGAGAGUGCAAACAAGAAAUACUUUGGUGAUGAUGAUGGAGCUGCCUUUAUUGAUGCAGAUGAAGAUCAAGAAACAGAUGUGCGAGAACAUAUCCUUAAUGCUGCACUUGAACAUGUGCAUGAGUUAGGUUGGAGUUCAGAAGCUAUAGAAGCUGGAGCAAGUGCUGUGGGGCUGUCUGCAAUGGCAGAGGGCAUGUUCCCUCGAGGUGCUGGGGAUUUAGUCCUUCAUUUCACUGAGGACUGUAAUGUUCGUUUGGCAGAUCAUCUUGUUUCACUGUCUAAAUCAGCAGGGAAGGAGGAAACAUCUGGAGUCCCAUUGCGAAAGAGUUCUCAGAUGAUAAUCCGUGAUGCUGUGGAAGUGCGACUGAGAAUGCUCAUUCCAUUUAUUGACCAGUGGCCUCAGGCCAUGGGUUUGAUGUUAUUACCUCAGAAUGCUCCUGAUGCCUUGAAGAAUGUUGCAUAUUUGGUAGAUGAGAUAUGGUAUCAUGCUGGUGACACCUCAACAGAUGUAAACUGGUAUACAAAGAGAGGAGUAUUGGCAGGACUGUAUGGUGCCACAGAACUUUACAUGGUUACUGAUAGGUCAUCUGAUUUUGAAGAUACUUGGAGUUUCCUUGACAGAAGAAUGUCUGAUAUUGGUUUACUAAUUGGUGCCAAGGAAACUCUUGAGAAAGCAGGAUCAGAUGCUGCUGAGUUGUUGUCUGCUGCCUUUACAACAGUGCGUAAUAUGAGUGGCCUUAAUAGGCGAAGCAGAUGAAGUCAACAGAGAUGACUGGAAGUACUUGCAUAUAAUAUCCAUGAUUCAGCUACUCAAAUAACAAAUUGGAAGGUGGAAGGUGAAUCAUGCAAAAGCAGUGAUUGUAACCAUGCAGAAGUUACAAAGCUGAUGGUUAACAGAAGUUUGUUUUUCUAAGCAGACCUGUUUGCAGUGAGAAAUGCAUUGUUGACUGUUCAUGACUGAAAUCUUUAUUUGUACUGUCUCCUGUACCUCAGAAACAGAAUUAUACUGCUACUGGCAGUGACAAGUUUUAUACUGAUGUGAUUUUGUUUGUGAAGUGGUGACAGACCUAGUUUUUGCUACAUGUAUAAAUUCUUUUUGAUGCUUAUUUAAAUGUCAAUUGAUUAGGGAAAGUUAUUGAAUAUCCAUACUGUGAAAGUGCAAU